AUGGGGUCGAGACUUGAUGCCCCGCAUAUGGUCUCGGGUUCGGAGAGAGGAGAAGUCUCACUCGUUUAUAACCGCGGAACUAAAGGAAACUCGGCCACUUUCGCUGAACUUGGCGAUCUACCGCUCUCGAUUGGACUUGAAGACCUCUGCGGCUGUACUGCUGUGGUGGUUGUAUCGAGAAGGGCAGUUUGGUUCGCCCACUUCUUUGAGAGUAUCUCUUUCAGCCCGAAAUUGAACAAGCGCGGAACGAAUGCAGCAGGAAAAGACGAAUGGCAGAUCUUUUUUGAGUCAGCGCUGGAAUUUGCAGGAACAGGAAUAGAUAGCUACCGAGGACAGAGAUACGUUGGCCUGGAGAGCGUGAGCAGAUUCUUUGGAACCGACGACUCCCCUGCAGUGUUCAUUAUCACCCCUCAGAAUGAAGCCGAUUCCCCUAAGGACAUGAGCACCAAUGGGCGCAAUCCUGACCCCGGGCUCACUAAAUAUCGAGAUGGACGUCUUUACGAAGCCAAGGUUGAUCUUCUCAAAGAUACAAUCAUCCAGCUCCUGCAGAACCAGAAUAUUCCCGUGACCAUAUUUACCUACCAGGCCCUCAACCAGGAUUCGCAGGUCGAAGAUGCGAUACUGAGCACGAGUGGGCGAGGCAAGUCCCUUUUCGAGUAUGAUCCCAAUUACGAUGCCAAUCUCGCAGGCCGGAGGGGCUUGAGGCUGAUCGUAGAGGGGUUUGAUUACGUGGCCAUGAUGGGUUUGGAUGAGGUCCAUAUCGAGAGGGGCAUUAUCUAUGAUGAUUAUUGGUAUCCGCAGGAGGUACCAGCACUCGGUGAAGAUCGAAUCCUUUCAGGCUCAAGUCCCGAAGAUACAGAAUUGCUCUUGUGCGGAGACCAAUAUUUCCGGAAGCUCGAAUAUACAUGUUUUGCGAAUGGCACUUUAUGCCCUAUUCUGGACGGCCAGCCAACCCUCCUUUGUGGAUCUCAAUGCUAUCUCGAAUCACUGUAUGUCUGCUAUGGAGCCAAAUUGUGUCCGGUGCUGGACGGCCAGGCUACGCUGGCCUGCGGGGACGAUUGCUAUCUUCCAUCGGAGUAUAGCUGUGUCUCAUCUCAACUGAUUCAAAUCCACACGAGCAACAAUCCUGAUCAGUCAGGAAUUCUCUCUCCCACCAGCACAACCAGCGCCGCAGACCAGUCCGAAAGUCUCAUUACGAGCGGUGCUCCUGGUAACCCAGAUCAAUCGGGGAAUGUCAUCCCGACAGGUAGCCCGGGCAUGCAAGGCGCAGAGAUUGUCUUUGACGGGACCACGUUUACCAUCGGCUCCCAAACAAGCACUCUGACAGCAGACGGACAAACAGUGACCGUUGGUCCCGGUGGGCUCGUCAUUGGAACGACCACCGUCCCCGUCUCGCCUUCCGCGGAUGAACCACAGACAAUCACGGCAGAUGGAGUGACUGUCACUUUGAUGCCUCACCAAUCUGCUUCCACGUCACAGUUCACCUCGUCGACUUUUCUUCCAUCGAACACUGCCUCUAGCUCACAAAUCUCAAUUACCACCACGACUCCGGCUCCAGGCUCCACCUUGCCAUCGUCAAUUCCCAGUACCACCGCUGCUCCAGUAACUACGCCUUCCAGUAGUACCACCAGCACGGUGAUUACGAUCACGGCCUCCGAUGGUUCCAGCACUGCAGAAAUCACUUUUACCCCCACCACAUUCACUGAGUUUACUGCACUUCCAGGGAAAAUCACUCUGACAACAUCUCCAAACGGGGUUGCCACCACUCUUGUCGUUGGACCAGGUGGAAUCGCCUGGGAGCCCGUCUCUACAGGCAUCACCGACAGUGGUUUCCCUCCUGUUCCUUUUCCAACAAUCCCGCCCGCUCCCCAAAGCACUAGCGCGCUACCAUCGCCGACUUCAACUACUUCAGAAAUCUUUCCGUCAUCCGUAUUUCCUCUUCCGCCCAUCGUUACUAAGGUUGUGACAUCCGAUAUACCCGGAGGUAGUUCUGUGAUCACCACCAUCACCGGCACUGCUGAUUCAAAUGGUGUGAUUAUCCCAGUUACCACACUGUCCACAUCUGCUGCGAUCGCAUCAGCAAAGACCGUCUUGUCUGAUCUCAGCAGUCUGUCGGAUGCUGUGGUCGCUUUCUCCUCAACAACUGCGGAUACGUCAAAGGCGAGCGCCGUGACCACGGCGAAUGAUAAGGCACAUUCGGACAAUAAUGGUUUUGGUCUUGGCCUCGGCAUAUCCUCUCCUGGGCUUUGCCUCAUUUUCUGUGGCUCGGCUCAGAGUAUCUCCUUCAUUUUUGACACCGUGCGGGACAUGGUCUUGCAGAUUGUUGGAGGCACAGCAAGUGCUGGCUCCAUAACAAACAUUCUUGCAGACUUGACCAGUGUCAUCACAACCUUGAGGGAGGAUAUUGAAGAGGCCGAGAGUAAUGAAGGUUCUUCUACCGGAACGGCGACCAGAAUCACAUCUACUUCUUGUAGCACACAGAUCCCGGUUACUAAUUGUGAGGUGUUCUGCUCUAUUGGAACAUACUCGGGAGAUGUGGCAACCACGUCCUGCUUCUCGACUACAUGCAGCUCGCUUGUGGCCUGUGAUAGCAUGCCCACGACCUCGACGUCUUUCAAUAUUCCAAUCUGCCCUGCCACAACACCGGCCUCGGGAGGCCUUUCCAUAUACUCCUACCCGGGAUUUACAUUCCGAGGCGUCAAAAUAACCACGACGGAAUCCACAACCGCUGUGACUUCAUCUUCUGAGACUACCACCGCCGCGUUGACAACUACAAUAUCCACAACUACUGAGACUUCAUCUACUGAGACUACUACUACCCCGUUGACAAGUACAAUAUCAACAACCACCCAAACAUCUACAAGUACAACCGAAACCCCCACACCAACUUCAGAUUUUGCAGAAAACUGCUACAGCUGGGUCAAUGUCCGUCCAAGCGAGCCGAUCUCUUGCGCCGAGCUCGCAGCCGACCACUCAAUCACUGUGGAGCAACUACUUGCGUGGAAUCCGGUACUGGAAACCACAGAUGUGAACAAAUGUGAUUUUGCAGUCGGGUGGGCAAAUGGACGUCAGAAUUUUUGUAUUGGCGUGAACGAUCCUACCUCCACUAGCAGCUCGGUGCCAACACCAACAGCGGUAACCAAGUGCGACACCUACGACGACUGUCCUCGCUGCCAAGAUGGGUACUAUCGCUGCUGUCUAGCGGGCUGUUCAGGGCAUCUCGUGCCGGAGUCGAAUACCUGCGGUUGUGUCCAAGAUGGGCACAGUGUCAGCCCAGUCUGUGGCUGUAAAUAA